GGAAGCUUGAGGCUGACAACUGAACUCUCCACCGGUUCCUGUCGACAGGUUGUCUCCUGUCAACAUUCCUUCUGGUUCAUGCUUUUUAUUAAACUUUCGACAAUCAUGGGAGUUACUUUCUCCUUGUUAUCACGUCUGUAUCAAUAGAGCUGACCCGACUUUCAACGCUCGUUGCAUCGAGUUUGCUGUUGAUGCUUGCGCAUCUGUGUACGCGCAUGAUCCCAUGGAUUGAUGAGUGAGAAGCAGGCACGGCGUCCACCUGUGGCGCCAAAGCCAUCGUUCAUCAAGCAAGAUGCUGCCACGGUGAAGAUAUCGCCAUUACCUUCGUCUGCCCUUCAAGGGGCCACUUUGGCUUUCGGUCCUGGGCCAGCGAAGAUCUCUACUGUUGCAACCUCCCACAAUCCGUCCGCAGGAGCAUUGCUUGCAGCGACCGCCGCCGCCAGCAAGAAGCAGCAUCCGCAGCCUCCGCAGCAGCAUGGCCAAAAUGCUUCAAAUGGUGGCCUUUCCUCCCGAGACCUAGCUAUACCGACCCGCGGUCGCCAACCGCAUACCGAGAAUGCCUCCCUUGCCGCUGCGACUUUGUCGUCCGCGUCACCUCCGCAGCCUGGUCUCCAGCCGCAUCCUCCUCAGUCCACAUCUGCCGUCGCUGCGGUUGCAGCAUCGGCCGCUACGAGUCCUUCUCGCGAGCCAGAGCCAAAAGAGGGAGCAGCAUCGUCAUAUCUGUCCACGCCAGAGCCGACACGGGAAACCAGACCGCGGUCGAUAAGCACCAGCAGCACGCAUAGCGAAAAUGCAAUUGCUCUCCAAAAGAGCCCUGAUGCUCUUGCUGGAGCGAUUGCUUCAAUGGCGCAUCCUUCAGUCCAUGGCCAGGGCGUACAUGUGGACAAGCCCAAGAAUGACUUGAGCGGUAUCAGCCACUUGUUUGUUUCGUCGUCCCAACCUUCUUCUGGAUCCAGUCCGUCUCCAUCCCCGUCUGGAACAGCCGCUGCCGCCAUGGCCACUAGGAAUGCCGCAGAUGCAGCAGCGAGGAGACGAGCCGAAUCCGCUGCUGACGACGAGAGUGUGCGGCAUGAACCAUUCUUCGGGAACGCAGCACGAUCGCCGCCCUCGGCCACGGGCUCAAACUGGCCACAAAUCAAGUUGUCUCCUCCAGAUACACCAGCGGAAACAGCCUCUCCGCGUGACAUUGAGUCUAUUCCAGAUCCGCAGCCAGAUCCUCUUCCAGCACCUCUUCCAGUCAGGCCGAGCCGGGCGGCAAUCGUCGCUCAGGACCGAGCCAAUGGCAACCACUCUGAGCCACCGGUCCUGGACGCACGUACGAAGAUGACAGCAAGCUCGCUGGCCGAUGCCAUGGUCGCAUCUAACCUUGCAUCGCGCGUAGCUUCGCCCACCUCAUCUCAAGCAGCAGCACCACCUCCUCCACCAAAACCGCGGCGACGGUCUCGGUCAGCAAGUUUAUUUGAAGGAGCCAAGCCGCACAUACCAUUUCUCGGACUGGGCGGUGAUGACAGCAAAAAUGGAUCGGGAUCGCAGACGUCCAACAAGUCCAAACCACGACCUCCGCGGCCUAUGAGGCAGACAUUGCGGAACCAUUCACCGGGCCACGAUGAGAAAGAGGAAGAACCCCACAAACGAGGUCGGCGGCACUGGAGACGUCAUCCCAACAUGCACCACGAAGGUGACCGCAAGCGAUGGCGCGACCGGGUCACGGAACGCGAGCGCAAACGCUACGAAGGCGUCUGGGCGGCCAACAAGGGUCUGCUGGUUGAUUUGGACCUGGCCAUUCUUGAGGGAAGCGCCGAAAAAUCAGAACCACAGUCACAACAAGGACAGCAACAGCAACAACAGCAGCAGCCUCUCAGGGCAACGUCGUCCGUGUCCCCAAGCGAACUAGUCGUCAACGUCGUGGUCCGCGAUAUCUGGGAACGCAGCCGCUUACCUCGAGACGUGCUCGAGGAAGUGUGGGAUCUAGUCGCCCGCCCUGGCGCCACGGCUCUGAACCGCGAAGAAUUCGUGGUCGGCAUGUGGCUGAUCGACCAGCGCCUCAAGGGCCGCAAGUUGCCCGUCAAAGUCUCCCCGAGCGUGUGGCAGAGCGUGCGGCAUCCUCAGGGCGUCAAGAUCUCGACGAAGCCUCUGCAUAAGAAGUAGCACGUCACGACCAUAAAACGUCAACCAAUGUCUCUGGGUCCAGCUCCAGAUGAUGAAUCGAAAAGAAAAAACGAAAAGAAAGGAAAGGUGGUUGCUGGCUGUGGUCGGCUUGUUGGUUGCAGUGGUUGGCGACUACUAGAAGAAGAAGAACCACUAUAUCUCAUAGAUCGUACACUUUAGGACUUUCAAGACCUGCAAUACAUCACCGCAUGGGCAGAAGUUAGCAUGCACUUGAAUAAGUAAUUCAAUCUUGACAACGAUAAUGGCUGUAAGGCGUGCGAUUUUGUUAAGCUUGGAAAACAUAACACUACGAAAGAACCGUGACAGAUGGACAGCGAACAUAGAGUGUAGUAGAUGCUAGUGUUUGGGUUGGCUUGCAUAUUCAGCUACAGGCAAGGACUGAAUUAUAAUAGUUCAUUUGUCAUGUUUGAUAUUUUGAUAUUUCAAUCUCUGUUGAAC